UUCUACUGCUCCGUGUGCUGUGCUGUGAUCCGCUGCCCGGAGCCCGGAGCCUUGAGGCGAGCCAGGCGAGCUCGGAAUCCGCCAUGGAUAUAUUGACCUAUGAGGAUGUGCAUAUGAAGUUCACGCAUGAAGAGUGGGCUUUGCUGGAUCCUUCCCAGAAGAGUCUCUACAAAGAUGUGAUGUUGGAAACCUACUGGAACCUCACUGCUAUAGGCUAUAAAUGGGAAGACCAUAAUAUUGAAGAAUAUGAUCAAAGUUCUAGAAGACAUGAAAGGUAA